AUGGAUGCCUCUUACAAGCCUAUCUCUGGCAGCCAGAGCUACGGCAGAAAGCUCUGGGACUACGCACGGGAUAUGCGAAUCUGCGAAGAGAAGAAGGCCGAGUGUACUGUACCCGCGCCUGAGACCGGCACGAGCGCGGUGUUCAAGGUUGUCGGAGAGAUGUUAUUGCCUACGAGCGGGAACUCGGCAAGUACCGAUAUUCGGCCAGAGAAUACGUCGUCCCGGCACCAGCAACUGACUAUUGUUGGCCUUUCGCUUGGUAUAUAUGGAUCCUUCGCGCAAGCACGAAAGGAGACCGAGAUCGAGAAUGUGGAUGCGCUGCUGGGCAUGGUGGAUCUAUCUAGGGAUGUAAGAGUUGCGCAUGGCGGGGUGAGCUGGAUGUAUCGGGUACAUGGCCAGGUUUUGUAG